AUGGAAGGCCGCACCAAGCUGCCGCGCUUCAACGCGAUCGGCGAUCUCUCCCGGUCCCUCGUCGCCUACAUGAAGUACGGCAACAAGUCGCUUCUCGUCAUGAAGGGCAUGGCCUUCCCCAAGACCCUCACCACUUUGACCAUCGAGAACAUCACCACAAUCGACUUUAACCAGAUCAAGACGCCAUUUCCAGAUUCGAUGCGCCGCAUUGACGUUCUGGACUCGUUCUUGGAUGUGUUUCCGGCCACCUUUCGCUGGCCCGUGGCGCUCAAGAACCUGACACUGCGUGGCAACCGACUCCAGACGAUCCCAAAGGGCCUUCCGGACGGUCUCGUGUCCUUAGCGAUUCAAAACAACACGCUCAAUGACUUCAACUACCUCCCGCCCAAUCUCACAUUUCUGAACAUUCGCCACAACCAGUACGAAAAGGUCGUCGACAUGGACUGGACCAACUUGAACUACCUCCAACUGAGCUACAACCCGAUCAAGACGAUUGCCAACAUUCGACUCUCUGACAAGAUUCGUUUUUUCGGCUGUAUGGACUGCAACGUGACCAACUUUACCAUCAACCAAGCCACGUUUGAUGCACUCAACGUCCUUCCUGCCUGCGACGACGACGAAAGCACGCUCAAGGCGACCUGCUACCGCUUCAACAAAAACACGGCUGUCGACAUGGCAGCGUGCACCGCGAGUAGCGGCAAGCCGUUGCAGCUCUGGCCCAGCGACACCACUGUCAAGGUCAAUGUCUGCGUCACGCCCAACACCCUCGCGCCGCCGCCCGUGCCCGAAGCCACCAACCACACGGGUUUGAUUGUGGGCCUCGCGGUCGGCGCGGUCGUGCUCGUCGCGGCAGCGUACGAUGGGACCGGCUACUACCAAAACAACGAGUUUACAAACGGCACGCUCAAUGGCACGCAGGGGUCGGCCGGCGACUACAGCGAUAUGGGCCUCAACGUCGAAGAUCUGCGUCUCCACAAGCUCGACAUUGCCGACUUGAAGGUCACGGCCAAGAAGCCAUUGGCGUCCGGCGCGUUUGGCGAAGUGUGGCUCGCAACCUACUGCGACGAGAAGGUCGCCGUCAAGCGCAUCAAGGACCGCCGUAUUGAGAGCGUCAAGAAGUUUAUCGACGAGAUCAAGCUCAUGGCCAUGAUGGAAAGCGAAUUUGUCGUCAAGUUUGUCGGUGUCAGCUGGCGCCGCCCGAUCGAAAUGGAGGUCGUCGUCGAGUACAUGGACCUCGGCGAUCUGCGCAACUACCUCAUGAGCCGGCCGCCCGCGACGUACAGCUGGCAGGAAAAGUUUACGUCCAUCAUGAGCAUCGUCCGGGGUCUUGUAUAUUUGCACACGUUUGAGCCGCCGAUCAUCCACCGCGACCUCAAGUCCCGCAACGUCCUCCUCGACUCGAAGAAGGGCACCAAGUUGACCGACUUUGGCGCGUCCCGCCAAGAAGCGGACGCGGGCAUGACCAACGGCAUUGGCACGUACCAGUGGAUGGCGCCCGAGGUCAUCAUGGGCACCGAGUAUACGGUCGCCGCCGACAUCUACUCGUUCGGCGUCAUUUUGUCGGAAUUCUCGACCCACGCUGUGCCGUACGGGGACGUCAAGAACGCCAUAACGGGCCGCGCCUACACGCAGCAAGCCAUCAUGUCCAAAGUCACAGCCGGCGAAUUGCGCCCAACCUUUGAGCAGUACGAGACGCCGGUGUGGGUCCGCGACCUCGGCAUGCAGUGCAUGGCGCUCAACCCGGACGACCGCCCGACGUCCUUGGCGCUCACUGCGAUUCUCCAACGCGUCAAGAUGCAGUUUUACGCGUAA